AUGGCUUUCCUGUUCAAGUCAAAGAAUAAAGACAGGGAAAAGGCUCGUGAGGCCAUUCCGGGCUCGUCUGGCUCUGGAGGUGGUCGCGGCAACACCAGUAAAGAUGAGAAGAACUCUCUCCAGCGUUCCACGCCCACGGGCAGUCUCAACUCCUUAGAUGCCGAAGGCAUGGCGAACAGCCCUGAGUCUUAUCCUCGGCGCGGCCCAAGUGUUGACCAGCAGCCACAGCAACAAUCGGACCUCCCCUAUCGAAAUGGCCCACCCAUCUCCAACCCGAAUGCCUCCCUAUAUCCCUGGUCACAACGCCGAUUAACCUAUACCACCUCCCACCCGAGCCCUUUCCCGCGAUACGGAGCAGCCGUCAAUUCAGUAGCGUCGAAGGAAGGCGAUAUCUACGUCAUGGGCGGUCUCAUAAACGGUGCGACAGUAAAAGGCGACCUAUGGAUGAUCGAAGCUGGAGGUCCUAUGGCCUGCUACCCUCUUGCGACUACCGCUGAGGGCCCCGGUCCUAGAGUUGGUCAUGCUAGCUUGCUAGUCGGAAACGCCUUCAUUGUCUUUGGCGGCGACACUAAGAUCGAUGAAGCCGAUGUUCUAGAUGAAACUCUCUACUUGUUGAAUACCUCAACGAGGCAGUGGUCACGCGUUCUACCUGCUGGUCCCCGGCCGUCUGGGCGCUACGGUCACUCCCUUAACAUCCUUGGAUCUAAAAUCUUCAUCUUCGGUGGCCAAGUCGAAGGGUACUUCAUGAACGAUUUAUGCGCCUUUGAUCUCAACCAGCUACAGACCCCCAAUAACCGAUGGGAAAUGCUCAUCCCCGGCGGUGAUGCCGGCGCGGACAAUGUUCCUCAGGCGCGAACCAAUCAUUCCGUCGUCACAUUCAAUGACAAGCUUUAUCUAUUCGGUGGUACUAAUGGUUAUCAAUGGUUCAACGAUGUCUGGAGCUACGAUGCUCCACUUAACAAGUGGGCCCAACUCGACUGCAUCGGAUAUAUACCAGUACCACGGGAAGGCCACGCCGCGGCUAUUGUCGACGACGUAAUGUACAUCUUUGGCGGGCGAACCGAAGAUGGGACGGACCUCGGAGACUUGGCUGCGUUCAGGAUCACCUCGCGUAGAUGGUACACCUUUCAGAACAUGGGCCCUUCGCCUUCGCCUCGCUCGGGUCACAGCAUGACGGCUGUUUCGAAAUCCGUGGUUGUGGUUGGAGGAGAGCCAAGUUCUCCAGCGGGUACUUCAAGCGAUCUUGCCGUUGUGUAUGUUCUAGACACGACUAAGAUCCGCUAUCCCAGCGAUUCUCAGGCAAACUCAAUGAGAGCUCAGCAAGGAAGGCGGCCAAGUGCGGGCGAACAAGGCGUGGGGAGACAGCAAUCUUCCCGUGACGCGAAUACGGGUCAAGACCCCAAGAGAAUCACCACUGGUGGCCCGAAUGCGACGCCUAACGGCCAGAUGAACGGUUAUCGCAGCCCGCAAGGAUCAACUGACUUGUCUGGCCCGGGUGUCGCUAGCCCUGGUCCGAGGGGUCCAAGGGCGGCAGGGCCAUCGCCACCGAACGGGCCUCCACCACAGCAGCCAACCACGUCCAAACCACCAGUUUCAGCGUCGAACAUUCCUCGACCUCGCGGUCAAUCAACCGAGCGAGAUGCGCCAGUGCAGGUUAACGCGAAUCAGCCACCAUCAGCACGAGAUGGGCCGAAGAACAUCGACAACCCCACCGCAAACGGACGCCGGACGCCGACUCAGCAACAGUCGCAAAAGCCCGCGGCGAGAGUGGACCAAACCAUAGCCGAGACCCCGAAGGCGAAGCCGAAGCAACGAUCACCGGGCUCACUCGAAGGCGAGACUCCAAGCAAGGGAACACCAACACGGCCCGCUUCCCCUCCCCCUCCUACCCGACAAGUGAGCAACCCUCUCAAUAGGAGGUCGUCUGGUCGAAACUCCCAGACGGUGGCUUUACUCAAGGAACUCGAUACAUCAAGGAACCGCAUUGCAUGGUACUCGUCGGAAUUAGAGCUUGCGCGCAAGGCGGGCUAUGUUCCGUCCUCUAAUCUAAGUCCUGUGCUCGACAGCCGUGCCCCCGAGGCCUUUGAUGACGAAGACAAGCCGCUAAUCGAGGCUCUUCUUGCCAUGAGGGCGGAGCUGGCAAACGUGCAAAGCUCUGUAGAUAAGCAAGCGAUCCUUGCUGCGAAGCAAAUCGCGGAAGCCGAAAAGCAACGAGAUGCCGCGAUCCAGGAGGCCGUUUAUGCAAAGGCCAAACUUGCCGCGUUCUCGGGCGGCAGCGCCGCUAGCACCCCCCAAUUGGAUACGGACCGCGAUGGCGACGACCGCACAGCGAGCUUGAACAAGAAACUGGCGUCCGCUCUGGGCUUUCAAAAGGACCUUCAGGCUCAGAUGGAGCACCUGAGGAUGGAGCUGGAGGCGGAAAGACGGGCUAGGCAACUAGCUGAUGAUACCUCUAGCGCUUCCCAGAAGCGGAUGGAAGGCCUCGAGGCAUACAAACAGGAAACAUCGACUGAACUAGAGCGAUUAAAGUCCGAACUUUAUAUCGCGCAACGAGAGGCGAGGGAAAAUGCUGUUUCCGCCGCCGAUACCCUCGCCGCCAUCAAUGUCCUCAAAGUCGAGAAGGGGGAGCUGGAGACAAAGUACAGCGAUGCUGUCGACAGCACGAAGGAGCGAAACCAGACUCUAGAAUCCCUCCGGCUUGCCGUAGCGGCGUCUGCCGAGACAACUUCUCACCUAGAACAGAAGCUAGAGGAGGAGCGUGAGCUUCGGGAGAAGGCCGAGCUCAAGUACAAUAAGCUGAAGACCGAGCAUGAAGCGCGGACGGCAGAGCUUGUCGCUGCUACCCAACGCCUGCGGGAUGCUGAGGAACUCGCAGAGAAGAAUGCACAGGAGGCACGGACUCACCGGCAAGCUGUGAUGGCUGGUCUUGACAAGGUUGUGACGACUAACGUCGCCAAAUCAAGCAAGACCACCUCCGAAGGUCUAGCCGCACUCCAGGAGCAGGUUAGCAAGGCCAACGCGCUCGCCAAGAAGUACCAACAGGAGCUUGAUACUGCCGCAGAGAAGCUGCGUGCGGCCGAGGAACGUAUUGCGGGAUUAGAGGCAUACCAAGAGCAAUCCAGCAGGGACGGUGUCUCCAUUAGGAGACAACUGCAAACGGCGCUCCGGGAUACACAGAGUCUCCAGGCUGCCAACUCUGACCUGAAACGUGAGCUAGCCGCGCAACAGCUCGAGACUAACGCGAUGACGGUGCAGCACAACACCCUCAAGGAUAUUCUUGCCGAGAGGGGAAUUAGCCCAACCAGUGCGUCCAGGAACCGGAGCUUGGGCAGCCCACGCGCUAGCUCCCCUGAGCAGGUACGCAUCCGUGAACUUGAGAAGCAGCUAGCGGCCGCUACAUCAUCUCACGAAGAGGCAAGGCAAUCCAUGAUCACAGCGCUGCAGGCAUCGGAAGCGCAGUACCGCGAUAAGUUGGCGCAGCUCGAACAAGACUACAACUCAGCAAUCGCGUACCUAAAGACUACGGAGAAGAUGCUGAAGAAGUUGAAGGAAGAGCACUCGGCCUACAAGGCCGAGAACAAGCGCCUAAGAACCGAGCUCGAUGAAUUUGAGGAUCGCGCCGCAGCCGCCGCUGCUCAAGGCGCGACCGAAGCUCCUGCCGACUGGGAAGCCGAAAAGAACAGCUUACGGCACCAAAUCGAAACCCUUCAAGAGGAGGUCCGCUCUUCGUCAAGCGUGCUUGAAGCGCGCGUCGCUACUAUCGGCGCUGAUUUGGAGUCCGCGAAGAAGGACCGAGACGUAGCAUCCAAGUCUGCGGAGGAGGCAGCGUCCAAAGUCACGGCCAUUAAGAAGGACCUAGAGCAACUACAGCAAGAGAAUGCCCUCCUCGAACAGCGAGCUCAGGAUGCUGAACGUAAGGUAGCGCUCCUGCUCGACCAAGUCGAAUCUUCGGUUGAUAGCUACCGCCGGCAGAGCCGACAGGUGAUCGGCGGCAUUGGCGGCGGCACCACAAAUGGCCUUGGCCUUAGUAACGUCCCGCACGAACAAAACGAGAGUUCGGGGACCGACAGCGUGUACGGCGCGGGAGGCUUCGAUGCCCGAAAUAGCAUGGCACUGGACAAUCUCGCCAACGAACUGGAGACGCUGCGAUCGCACUGGGAGACGACUAACAAGAACUACCGCCUAAGCAACGCCUUUGACUUUGAGGCUAGCAUUGCACCCGCCGGCGCACGGAGGGACGACGAUAAUGGACUCGGCCUCAGUGAGAGCUUGGCCGAUUGGCGUAAGCGGCUUGACGUGGAUGAGCGUGAGGGCGAGGUCGACAGCCGAACUAAGAAUGCCAGCCGCCCAUAG